AAAAACAAAGUGAAACAGUCGAACAACAAAAAUAAACAAUCGAAAAACAAACAACAGUCAAGGGCUACCUUGUUCGGAUUGAGUUCUAUCAGGAGAGAUGGUGAUGUAACGGUUAUCAUGAUGUCGGAUCAUACCAACGUAAAGACUGACUUCGUUUUGGGACCACUGACCUUGAGAGUUGAGAAGGAGUUUGGUAAAGGUGCCCGGAGAGAAUUGAAAAGUGCAACAGCAACCACAGCUGAAAUGUACGGAAGACUGAAUUUGCGAAUCAUGCACGGCGGCGCAGCUACUCUACAUUCAAUCAGGGUUUUACAGCCUAAACAGGUGAGAGUGGACAGUGCUGAUAACCACGACAAAACGAGAGAGUACAUGUGGAAAAGAAGUUCUCGCAUAGCUUCUCUCGUCUCUCAAAAACUGUCUUCAGCAGCAAGAUCAAUGCUGCGGCCACCACCAGGAAAAUGAAGGCUUCGGGGUAUUUCGUGGCAUCAACACUAAAAAUAUUUUAACAUUUCAAAAUUCAUUAUUUGAAUUGUUCUGAGAUUUGCUCGAGAAGAUAGGUUUGAGUUGUUUGGCAACAAUGACGAAUAAAGUGGCGUCAAUUAAAGUUCGUUUGUCCAAAAACUAUACUUGUGAUUUACAUAACCAAUUUUUGGGGUUAUGAUGUUGAUCAACCCUAUUAAUCUAUAUCUAAUUUCAGUAGACCAGGUUAU